AUGGGGAGAAAUGCGAAGUUUCGGUUUCUCGGGCCCAUUCUGGCUGUCUUCUUUCUGGUUUCAGUGAACUUUGUCUAUUGGGCUAGCCAAGCAAAUGUCGUCGCGCUCUCACCUCAGGGGUGUAGAAUGUCUUGGAUGAGUCCUUCAUACAUUCUUCAGUCUGAUUUUGACGAAAUCUGGACGCCACUCAGUCGAAGGUACAGCCUGUGGUUGUACCGUGAAGUCGAAUGGGACGUUGCGACCAAGGCAUGUAAUGCAGGAUCCUCGCGUCAAGUACGUUCAAUAGCGUCGUCAGCGGCUCGGCAAUACUACACGUCGCCGGGCGUAUUGAAUCCUGCGUUUACCUCCCGUCGGCCGCUAGACUUUUAUGCCGUCGAAUUCAACGAAGAUUUGUCUGCACUUCAUGGACCGACAAUCGAGACCCAAACAGAAUACGUUUCCAGUGCAAUAUCCUAUAUAUUAUCGAGCUAUCAUGGCCCUCGACGUCAAAUUCUAAUUAUUGGUCAUUCUAUGGGUGGAAUAGUGGCACGGUUGCUCCUCACAACCUACUCUCAUCAUGGUUGGAAUACUUCCGAUGUAGAGGCCCUGAUCACUAUGUCGACACCUCAUUCCCUGCCACCUGCGCGUUUCGAUGCAUCUAUCGAGAAGGUUUAUUCUGAAAUAUCACACUGGGAGGGUUCCGAUGCAUAUGUCCAGGUUCCAACGGUGUCAAUUUGUGGAGGCUCCACCGACGAUCUUAUUCCCUCUGAAACGUGUGUCUUACCGCCGCUGACAGGGAGGGCGCGUCAGAAGUACGACGAGGGUCCAUGGUAUCGAGGGACUGUGCAUACAACGGCUUUGUCGGGAAUAUGGACAGGGGUCGGACAUAAAGAGAUGGUGUGGUGCCACCAAGUCCGGUGGAGAGUGGCUCGUGCCGCUUUAGAGCUCGACCAUGUGAAGUCCAUAGAGUUGGUCAGAGCCCUUCCGUUGGACCUCAAAGGAAGGGCACACACAAUUGUAACUACUCCAACUCUCCGUGUUUCCUCCCCAACGUCACAUACAUAUCUACUACGAGCGCCUUCACACAAACAAACCCUGACUGUCAUGGUCGGCAAAGGCACUCUCACUAACCCAGCAAUGAGUCCGACGAUCCUCAGUCAUUUAUCAAGUGCCUUACGUGUAUCUUUGUAUCCUCUGCCUCCGAAUCUGUCCGCAACAGCUCAUGUGCUUCCUUUUGUUCGCCCCAAUACGAUAUUUCCUCUCAAAGAAGGUGCGGAUGAGACAGAUUGGGUGUUGUACUGGUCUGGAGAUGUGGGGGAUGGGUCUGUUGGUCAGUGGAUUGGUGUCGUGGUAGAAACCGCAGCAGCGGAAUUCAGUGACGCUUUCGUCCUGGCCGGUUUCGACCAAGAACGAACUCUUGCUAUUCCCGUCAAUACAUAUGGAUUGUCGCUACGCACCAAGCAUAUUCAUUUAGACCAACUUCCAUUCUCUCCAUUUAAGACAAGGAUCUCUCUUCCCAACUUGAACUCAAACUCGCUUUUGGUGUACAGCCUUGAUGCUGUAUAUAGAGGUAAUUGCGAUGGUCGUUCCUUUAUGAAUCCACUUAUUGGUUACACCGUACCUUCGGAGAAUGCCCGGGAAUCGCAAUUCUACACGCCUUCAUCACGUCGUAUCCUACUCAGCGGUCACUCUCUCGGCCCGUUCAUACGUCGCUCUGCGAUUGAUCGUGGUGCUCUCUUGGAAAUUUACACGUCUGGUGCGUGCGGACUCGAGGAAGUAAAUGUUAAAUUGGAUUGGAAGGCAUCAGGUGGUCGCAUCGGACUCCGGUAUUGGAGCUCUGUUCCCAUCUGGGUAAUGGGAGUUGUUUAUCUAUCAAGUGGAAUCACCUGGAGUGCCUGGGAUCUUGGGUAUCUCGAUUUACUGGAUCCAAUAGAAGCCCUUGAGCAGUUUACAGUUACAGUCCUUCUAAAAAUUAUACCUGGCCUUUUUCUUCUCUCCCUACUUCCUUUACCCUCACAAUUUCUGUUAGGUAACUCUGGCGAUCCUCUGUUCGCCUUCCUUGCACCCGCAUUCAUCAUAGUUGCGACUGGAGCCACAUGGGCUCUCUUCGGAACGAUAUAUAGCAUCGUUAGACUGCUUACUGCAAUUCGGCGGAGACUAGGUUACUUGGGGGCCCAAUCUACCUCACGCAGCACAACUCUCAAAGUGUUCGCUUGGCUGUUCUUGUUUUUGCUAGCAAAAUUCGUGGUGCCUACCCAAGCAAUCUAUUUUCUUGCGUACGCGCGCCACAUGUGGAGGUGCUCUCGGCCUCAGGUGGUAAGGUCUUCCUUCACCAAAUUGAGAAUAUCUCCCCCGCCGAGCUCAGAUAAUAUUUUGUUUAUUGUUGAAUGUUCAUCGGAAAACCAUAAGAGGAGAGAUGGUUUGAUUAGUGACAUUGGGAUUUCAGGCAGACCAACAUCACCUACACUUCUGCAAGCUCAGCAGUUGCACAUUCUCGUUUUGUUUUCUGCAUUAUUUCCGUUCGUGGGAACCACGAUAAUUGUUUGGGUUCAAACCCUCGCGACUGCUGGCUUCUUUCUGCCGUUCCGCGGAGAUCAUGACCUUUGGCGGGUAUUUGCCUUUAUCUGUGUUGCCGAGUGUUCAGAUGAAGAGAUACGAAAGGGGAAAAGUCCUCCUCACCUCCGUGUUUGCAUUUCUCCUGGGUUCACGACUCUCCUAUGGAGUCAUGUACAAGGAGUGGCAUCGAAGCUGGUUUUCAAAAAGCUACCGGAAUAUCCGAUAUCAUCACCGCAUCCGUCUCAUGAGAGCACCGAAUCGCCUUCCCAAGAAGUCCAGCAACAAGAGAUGAUCGUUCCACAUUUAAUGCCCGUAGCAGUUGAUGAAUGA